GCCUGUUGAGGAGACAGAUGAGCGCAAGGAUGGGAGGUGUUCCUUGAGAGCCUAGGGAGUAAAAGGGUCCAGACUCCGGAUUUUGGUGCUGUAUGUUCGCCGGGUUCCUGAGAGUGGAGGACACCUGUGCAACUGUGAAGCCUCCCUGCAGUUUCCUCAUCAAAAGUGGACAAGCCCAGACAGGACUCUCUGCCCUGUGAGCUGAGCUACAGUUCGCCAAAAAGGAGCGCUGAAGUUAUCAUGCUUCAGAGACUCCUAAUCACCCUGCCCAUCGAGGCCAGCACCUGGGUGAAGUUGCACCAUCCAAAGAAGGCCACGGAGGGGGCGCCCCCGUGGGAGGACGUGACUAAGAUGUUUGAAGGAGAAGUUCUGCUAUCUCAGGAUGCUGAUGAGACCCGGGGAGAAAGUUUUGAGGAUGAAGUGACAUCUGGAUCCCUGACAGCAGAAACCCAGGAACUGUUAACCUUCAAAGACAUAUCUGUGGACUUCACCCAGGAGGAGUGGGGGCAGCUGGCCCCUGCUCACCGGAAUCUGUACCGGGAGGUGAUGCUGGAGAACUAUGGGAACCUGGUCUCAGUGGCAGGGUAUCAGCUUUCGAAACCUGGUGUGAUUUCCCAGUUGGAGAAGGGAGAAGAACCAUGGCUGAUGGAGAGAGAGAUUUCAGGAGGUCCAAGUCCAGACUUGGAGGAUGAAACAGAAACCAAAGAGUCAAUCUUAAAGAGAGACAUCUCAUGGGAAGAAUUACACCAUGACCUGAUGAUGGAAAAGUCCACAAGAGGAAGCACCUUGGUUUCCACAUUGGGAAGGGACUCCAAAUGUCAUAAGUUAGAAAACCACCAGGAGAACCAAGGAAUGGGUGCAGGGCAAAUCCCCUUGAUCCACAAGAAAACACUCAUGCAGGAGAAAGGCCAAGAAUCUAACAGAUGUGUGAAAAGUAUUAAUGUGUGCUCAAAAGUUAUUCCAGGACCAAUAGAUCCUCCAAGAAAAAGACACCAUAAAUAUGACAUAUCUAGAAAGAAAAGUAGAUACAAUUUAGGUUUGAUUAAUCACUCAAGGAAUUAUACAAGAAUGAAAACCUUUGAAUGUAAUAUUUGUGAAAAAAUCUUCAAACAGCUCAUUCAUCUUACAGAACACAUGAGAAUUCAUACUGGAGAGAAACCUUUCAGAUGUAAAGAAUGUGGAAAAGCCUUUAGCCAAAGUUCAUCCCUUAUUCCACAUCAGAGAAUCCAUACUGGCGAGAAACCCUAUGAGUGUAAAGAAUGCGGGAAAACCUUCAGACAUCCAUCAUCUCUUACUCAACAUGUUAGAAUUCAUAGUGGGGAGAAACCCUAUGAAUGUGGUGUAUGUGAGAAAGCAUUCAGCCAGAGCAUUGGGCUGAUCCAGCAUCUGAGAACUCAUGUCAGAGAGAAACCUUUUACAUGCAAAGACUGUGGAAAAGCAUUUUUCCAGAUUAGACACCUCAGGCAACAUGAGAUUAUUCAUACUGGUGUGAAACCCUAUAUUUGUAAUGUAUGCAGUAAAACCUUCAGUCACAGCACAUACCUAACUCAACACCAGAGAACUCAUACUGGGGAAAAACCAUAUAAAUGUAAGGAAUGUGGGAAAGCCUUUAGCCAGAGAAUACAUCUUUCUAUCCAUCACAGAGUCCAUACUGGAGUGAAACCUUAUGAAUGCAGUCAUUGUGGGAAAGCCUUCAGGCAUGAUUCAUCCUUUGCUAAACAUCAGAGAAUUCAUACUGGAGAAAAACCAUAUAAUUGUAAUGAAUGUGGAAAAGCCUUCAGCUGUAGUUCAUCACUUAUUCGACACUGCAAAACACAUUUAAGAAAUACCUUCAGCAAUGAUAUGUGAAAUAUGUUCAACAUCAAAGAAUCCCCAAAUUGGAGCAAAAGCCUCUAAGUCUGUGAUUUUCUGACUUUUGGAUUUCAAGAACCAGUAAUUUUUUUAAUGGUUUGACCCAAUGUUACAACUAUUAAU